GGGAUCCAAUUUCUUGAUAUUAGGCUCGGCGACAGCCAAGCAAUCUGGUUGGGAUAAAAGUGAAACAAGUACAGAACUCUCUGCAGAGUACUGUUGAACUUGAACCCACCUUGUUCAGUUCUCAAAAGACUGCCUCUUUCCUUGGCCAAAACAGAAACAUCUCCUCUGUUUAUCAAUCAGUUGGACCAGAACUUGAAGAAUGUUUGAAGCUGAAGCAAUUUGCUCUCCAGCAUUGCUCCAACUACCUAUUCACACCCGAAAAUUUAUCUCCUCAAAACCCAGAAUUGGGUUUCUGACCAGAAUCUCAACUCCAGAUGUAUUGCUUUCCCAAACCCAUCAUCAGUCUUGCUCUCUCUUUUCUAUUCAAAAGGACAGUAGAGCUCAGACCAGAACCAGUUUCCCUUUAAAUGCUUCCUCAUCUUCAGUUGAAAGUGCAGAAUACAUAGAGGAGCCUGCUACCAAUGUGAGAUUUCAAACAUCUGUGAGCUUGCCUGGGUGCUCAAGUUCAUUGGCAUUGCUUGGAACUGGAUACAGGGAAAAAGUCUUCGCAAUUAUUGGCGUUAAAGUAUAUGCUGCGGGAUUAUACGUAAAUCAGUCCAUCUUAAAUAACUUGAAUGCUUGGAAAGGAAGACCAGCUGCUGAGAUUCAAAAGGAUCCAUCCCUGUUCAGCUCCAUGUUUCAAUCUCCUUCUGAGAAAUCAUUACAGAUUAUUCUGGUUAGAGAUGUUGAUGGGAAAACAUUCUGGGAUGCCUUGAAUGAUGCCAUCUCUCCAAGAAUCAAAUCACCCACUCCUGUUGAUGAGUCUGCACUGUCCACAUUUCGCAGUACCUUCGAAGGGCAACCCCUUAAAAAGGGAACAUUCAUAUUUUUGACUUGGCUGCAGGCUUCCAAAAUGCUUGUUUCUAUCUCAUCUAAUGGGCUUCCGUCUAGUGUGGAUGCUACAAUAGAAUCAGAAAACGUGAGUUCGGUGCUUUUUGAUGUAUUCUUUGGAGACACUCCUGUUUCUCCUACCUUAAAGGCUUCUGUUGCAACCGGAUUGGAAUCAGUCCUCAAGUAGAUGCCACAAGUUAGUAUUUCAUUUGGGGCAUCUUGGUUCUUUGAUUGUUUCAUUUGUUUGUAUGAGUUAGCUUAGCUGAUAAUCAAAACGUCACUAGAUCUGUUUCUAUGUAACUGCAUAUGUACCUUUGACUUUUACCAAGAAAUUGAAGAAUCAAGAAUGUAUAUUUUCAAAAUAAUAUAAAAGGUUACUUGGUGGAUGCAAGUAAAUUUGUGUGAUCCUUCUUAACAAUUCUUUGUUCUCUUGAAUGACUCAUUUAUCUAGCACAAUCUUCAAAUUUUUAUAGAGAAAAAAAAAAAAAAAAAAAAAACAACUAGUUGCCCCU